UUCUUCAAACGACCACCAAACCUACACAUAUCUCCCUCUUCUUCUUCUUCUUCUCUGCAAAAUUUAAUGGAAGCUGUUCUUGUCGCGAUGUCCCUACCCGCCACAACGGAAGAUGACGGAUUUUCGUUAAUCAGCGAUAAACUUUCUUAUAAUCUAACGACGAUGUCGGACGUUGAGAUCGUUACCUCCGAUAACCGUCGGAUUCCGGCACACUCCGGCGUUCUGGCUUCAGCUUCACCGGUACUGAUGAACAUCAUGAAGAAACCGGAGCGACGUUACAGAGGCUGUGGAUCUAAACGAGUCAUCAAGAUUCUUGGCGUUCCAUGUGACGCCGUUUCGGUUUUUAUCAAAUUCCUCUACUCUUCUAGAUUGACGGAGGAUGAGAUGGAGAGAUAUGGAAUCCAUCUUUUAGCUUUGUCUCAUGUCUACAUGGUCACGCAGCUGAAGCAACGGUGCUCAAAAGGCGUUGUACAGCGGUUAACGACAGAGAACGUAGUCGACGUUCUUCAGCUAGCUCGGCUCUGCGAUGCACCUGAUGUUUGCCUUCGAUCUAUGCGUCUGAUCCAUUCGCAGUUUAAGACUGUUGAGCAGACUGAAGGAUGGAAGUUUAUUCAGGAACAUGAUCCUUUCCUCGAACUCGACAUUCUUCAGUUCAUCGAUGACGCCGAAUCGAGGAAGAAAAGAAGACGACGACAUAGAAAGGAGCAGGAUCUUUACAUGCAACUAAGCGAAGCAAUGGAGUGUAUAGAGCACAUAUGCACACAAGGUUGUACAUUGGUCGGUCCAUCAAACGUAGUAGACAACAAGAAGUCAAUGGUUGCGGAAAAGUCAAAGCCUUGUAAGGCGUUUUCCACGUGUUAUGGUCUUCAGCUAUUGAUACGUCACUUUGCCGUAUGCAAGAGGAGGAAUAACGAUAAGGGUUGUCUUCGUUGCAAGCGGAUGCUUCAACUCUUUAGACUCCAUUCUUUGAUUUGUGAUCAACCCGAUUCUUGUCGCGUCCCUCUUUGCAGGCAAUUUAAGAAAAGGGGAGAACAGGACAAGAAAAUGGGUGAAGACACCAAGUGGCAGCUUCUGGUGACAAGGGUUGUGUCUGCAAAAGCUAUGUCUUCGUUGUGUCAGUCGAAGAAGAACAAAUGUGAAGAAUCACAUGAGCAGGAAGGCGAGCUUGUUGAGUUUGUAGAUAAUAAUGAAGAUUAAGCAAGAAGCUUUCUGAUAAUCGUAUUUGUUAAUUCGAUUCUUUUUGUAGUAUAAUAGUGUAUUUGUUAGUUCGAUUCUUUCUUAGAGGGUUUAGUUUGUAUAGGAGUAAACCCUAUUAAAUUGGCUGUGUCUAU